CGAGGGUAGAUUGUGUAAAUUCGUAACAAAUGUGGUUUUCUACAGUAUUUUUGAAACGAUUUUAGGAUAUGCGUCAUUACAAUAUGUGCCUACCGUCUAUAUCAGUAUCCAGAAUUCACAGAGAGGUGCUUGAAGGAGAUUUUCAUUCUGUCAAGUGUCGGAUAGAAUCAGGAGAGUCUGUAAAUCAGAAGGAAACCCAAUGCAACUUCUCCCUACUCCACAUGGCCGUUUUAAAAAACCAUCUGGAAAUAUUAAAGUACUUGCUGGCCGGGAAAGGCAUAGACGUGGACGCCAGGUCCUCUGAAGACAAAACUCCCGUUUUCCUAGCGACUGCGUUCAGGUAUAUCGAAUCGGUGGAGAAACUGACCCGAGCUGACGCCGAUGUAAAUAUCUCUGACAGUGAAAACUACUUCCCUUUGCAUGUGUCGGCGUGGCAUCUGGACAUUUGCCACUUGCUUAUACAACACGUGCUCGAAUCGAUGCUGCUAACUCAUGCGGUCAGACGUUACUACAUGAGUUGA